AUGGCUUUGAGCUGCUAUUCCAACUGGGGAGAACUGGAACAAUACCACGACUCAGAGAUGACUCUGCAGUUUGCUCAACCACCAGCAGCAGAGCUGUCUCCUGAGCUUCUUGGCUUCAACCACAUGAAUUUUGCCUUUUCAGACCCUUAUCUCGACCCUAUUCUUGAAUCCCAAGAUUUAGUUUACUCACACAACUACACCUCUUUGCUUCCCUACUUUUCAUCUCCAUCUGAUGAAAACUCCAAUAGUUUAUAUUCCCUCGUCCCGGAAGUCUUUCCAGAACUCGAAUACCAGCCUUGCCACAGUGCCAAACGCCAAAAGAUUUUCGAGGGCUGCUACAAUAACUCGGAGGUAUUACCUUCAAGUUUUGGCAGCAGGUUCAUUCCCAAUCCACCAUUGAUUCAGGAGCUUUCGCCGCCCGAGAUUCUGUCUCCAUUUUCAGGAAGCUUAGCCAGUAAACCGCCAGUUUUUUGCAGUGGAAGUACAGGUGAGAUGACUGUGAAGAAGGCUAGUAAUGGAGGGACUUUGUCUUCUCAAAGCAUAGCUGCUAGACAGAGGAGAAGGAAGAUUACCGAGAAGACUCAAGAGCUUGGGAAGCUUAUUCCAGGUGGCCAGAAGAUGAACACUGCUGAAAUGUUCCAAGCUGCUUCAAAAUAUAUCAAGUUCUUGCAGGCUCAAGUUGGAAUUCUUGAAACCUUGGCUUCUGUUCAGGAAAAUGGGAAAUCUUUGCAGAACGAAGAACUUAAUCCUCUUCUUGGAUCUUCUUUGAUCCAAGAGAAAUUGUACUCAAUGGAGAUGUGUUUGGCUCCCCAAAAAUUUGUUCAAUCCCUUGCGGAGGAUAAUGGGGUUGAAUUGAACACUCAGGCCUUGAAUGACUGCAAAGAAUUGAUUGGGACUGGCUGCUAA